AUGAUCUGCUUUGAAAUCCCCUCCCCUCUACUCCCCUCCCUCCAUACUCACCCUGCCGCUCCCCUCUGUUUCUCCCCUCCUUACUUCCACUUUCCUCCCCUUCCUUCCUUGCCCGCCUCUCCGCCCCUCUCGUCCUCACCACCAGCGGCAUCCUUCCAGCGGCGAGGCUUCGCCAUCACGGCCACGGAGGAUCUCGUGAAGCUGCCACGUGCCAGCGAUCCGAGCGCGCUCAGCACGCUCAAGGAGGCUCUGGCGACGGGGUGGGUGCCGUGUGACUCCUCCGUGAUUGCCAAGAUCGACAAGACGAUCAAAAGCACCGAUGACGCGGUAGCAAGGGAGGCGUUGGCAGCGGUGAAGGCGGCAGCGGAGGCGGUGGAGGUGUUUGGGGAGAAGCUGGAGCUGCUGCGCCUGGAGCUCGAUGAACUCAGCGGGGGCAAGUUCGGUGGCGAGGCGGUGGGGAAGAUCCCCGAGGACGUCAAGGCGGCGCUGGCGUCGGCGCUGAGGCGCUACUCGGCGUACCUGGCGGCGUUUGGGGAGGACGAGGGGUGGCUGCAGCGCAAGGUGAAGGAGGAGCUGGGCGGCGUGCUCAUCACCGUCAAGCAGCGCUGCAGCGGGCUCGAGGACGAAUGGAACCAGGUGCGUUUGCGGGGGACGGGUGCGGGGAUGGGAGCACGUGAGAGGCUACAAGAGUUUCGGAAUGCUCGAUUUCGCCUCCUCCUUAUCGUCGUGAACUCUCUCCUCUGCGUGCUUCUGCUUCUCCCCAACGGAGUAAAUUCGCUCCCUCGUCACGGCGGCCGGCCGAACUUCAACGACUGGGUGAAGUCGUACCGCCCUGACUUGGCCUCGCAUCAGUUCGACCCCAUCCGCAUCCGCGCUCCCAGACAAAUACCAGAGGAGUACCGCGACGUGCACAUCCCGUCGGAGGAGGAGCUGCAGAUGCUGGCACAGUUUGGCCACGCGCACCACGCCUCCUACUACUUCAACACCAAGCCCGCCGCUGCCAUGGCCGCUGCUGCUCAAGCCGCCGCAGGGGUUGGGGUGGGGGACCAGAAGCCCUAG